AAGUGAACGGUGGAAAUUAUUUGAAAGGCCCUCCAAAAUGUCAAGUCGAGUGUGGGUAAUAAUUCAUGGCCCAUCUGAAUUCACUUUCAUUAACACUUUCUUUUAUUAUUCUAUUUCGUAUUUGACGCUCCACCGUCCUUUUUCCCUCCGUUAAAUCCGUCGGUUAAAAAACUACAACUCAAAACUUAACCCCUAUUAACCACGGUUACGUCUCCGUUACUCAAACCCCGUCACAUCCCUUGUUAAUAAUAAUAAAGCAAAUUUACACGUGUCCCAUUUGUAUUACUCCGAGUUUAAAGAGGCUGCCCCGAUUAAAUAAUAAUUUUAACCUCGGGUUUGGAGAUUUUUCACCUAACCACAGUUAAGUCUAAAGUAACCGUGGUUAAAGUUAAACCCCCCACUUCUUCAGCAGUUUAUAUACAAACUGCACCACGCCUUCAAAAUUCAGUUUCAAUUAAAGUUUAUUUAAAACCUAAAUUCCAGAAGAAAAAUUAGGAAGACGAAAAAUGAUGCUUGGAGAGAGAAGCUAUGGCGGCACCACGGUUCAUGUUCCGCCGUGGCCAUCCGCCGGAGAUGAUCCGGCUUCCUACUGCUUGAGCCCCACGGCCGCUAAUGCCGGCGGCGGCGGCUCCGUCGACGAUUACUCUCUCUUCUUCCAGACCGACUCCUUGAAGGCUCUGCAGCGUUACCUGCCGUCUAACUCGAACGAUGCUGCGGCGGCGGCGGAGGAGUUUCAGUUGACCGACUCCGAUUACGGCGGGAACGGUGAUUUCCUCCCCGUGGACGCGCACACAUGCGAUAAUUUCCGGAUGUUCGAGUUCAAGGUGCGUAGGUGCACGCGCGGCAGGUCGCACGACUGGACGGAGUGCCCGUUCGCCCACCCGGGGGAGAAGGCCCGGCGCCGUGACCCGAGGAGGUUCCACUACUCCGGCACGGCGUGCCCCGACUUCCGCAAGGGGAACUGCUUCAAGGGCGACGCGUGCGAGUACGCGCACGGCGUGUUCGAGUGCUGGCUCCACCCGGCCCGAUACCGCACGCAGCCAUGCAAGGACGGCAUGAGCUGCAAGCGGCGCGUGUGCUUCUUCGCCCACUCGCCCGACCAGCUCCGCGUCUUGAGCCCACGCGCCGACGGCUCCCCCCGCCGCCUAUCCUUCAUCUCGUCUCCGGAGUCAACGCCGCCGCCGCCGCCGCUGCUGGAAUCUCCGCCCAUGUCUCCGAUGCCGGUCAACGACGUGGUGGCGUCCCUCCGCCAGCUGCACCUGAACAAAGUCAAGUCGAUGCCUUCUUCGUGGCUGGGCGGCGGCGGUGGUGGUGGUUCUUCUUCUCCAAGGAUGAAGAUGACCCGACCCGGGUACUUCAGCAUGCCCACCACCCCGACCCGACCCGUAACCCGGCCCGGACUCGGUUACUUUGAGCCUGAGGAGGAGGAGCCUGUGGCGAUGGUGGAAUCUGGGAGAGAUUUGAGGGCUCAGAUGUUCGAGAAACUAAUCAAGGAGAACCCUCUGGAUCGGGUUGACCAGGAUCCGAACCCAAACCCGAACCCGAACCCGGACAUUGGUUGGGUCUCGGAGCUGGUAAAUUAUUAGAAUAAAAGAAAGAGGUAAUCUUGGUGGUGGGUGUGACAAAGGGGCAUGAUUGUCAAUUCGGAUUCUGUAAAUAGUUUAUUAUUUUAGUAUUGCUAUUUUAAUAUAUAUGAAUGGUAAAAUUAUAUAUAAUAUGGUGAAGAUGACGAUGAAGAAAAUGGUGUGGGGGCGAUGGGGGCGAAGAGAAUAAUCUCUUGUUUUUGUGGAGUAAAAAUAUUCUGGAAAUUGACUAUUUUGGAAGGGUAUUUAUGUACAUUGUACAGUGGUGAAUUAAGGAUUGAAGAAGCAGACUAUUUACCUAAUUUUUAUUUGAUAUGUAAUUAGGUGUUAUGUCAUUUGUAAUUUUAUUUCUUAGAUCAACUGAUCCUUUUUUUUUUUUUUUUCAAUUAUUGUUAAUAUUCAACUGUUGAUGGUAUUUUGGUAUUAAAUAUUAAUUAUCAUUUCCAUGUUGA